CCUGCAAGCCCGAAUUGAGAGCAAAGCGAGCUCACGGAAGUGACGUUGAGUUACGUCACGGCAAGACCAGGAAGAGAUAGUCAGUACGUGGCCUUUUUACCGUUUAUGACAGGCAGUGGAGCUCCUCUGCAAUCUAAAAUGGAACUCGAGGCCAUGACCAGAUACACCAGCCCGGUGAAUCCGGCUGUGUUCCCCCAUCUGACUGUGGUGCUGCUGGCCAUCGGCAUGUUCUUCACCGCCUGGUUCUUCGUCUAUGAAGUAACUUCAACAAAAUACACAAGGGAUGUCUACAAAGAGCUGCUGAUAUCCCUCGUAGCUUCACUGUUUAUGGGUUUUGGUGUCCUCUUCUUGCUACUCUGGGUUGGCAUCUAUGUAUAAAGGUUUGGGCAACUGAAAAGAAUGACACAUUCCACUGGAACGAAUCAGACACACCAAGGACUGUAUGUUGGAAUGAAUUGGACUGCACUGACAAUAUGUUCGGGAACACAUGGACUCUGGUUUUCUUUUCACAAGUAAAGGCAAUUUGUACAACU